AGUAGUUUGUUCCCUGCUGCGUGUUGAAAUUGUGUGAUAGAGGUGCUAGUCGUGUGAUUUGUAAGAAUGGAAUUAGCCUAAUAGUGUUUGUUGUGCUGUGAACUUAUCAAAAUUAAAACUGUAAAAAUGAGUGUAUAAUAUUCUUGUUAUUUAGUGUCGUAUAAUGCACUCUUUAUUAGUUACGGGACGAUUGUUAUCCAGAGCAAUUUGGAAUGGAAUCGCAAAUGUAUCAACUGCAACAGAUCCCAACAUCCAAAAGAAAACUGAGCCACAUUUAAUAUCCGCUGUGUGUGGCUUUUCUAAGGAGAGAAAAAUUCAAAGACUGAUUAAAGGACAAUUCGGUGACGAUGCCUGGUUUACAGCGAAAUACAAAAGUGCGGAUGUCCUGGGUGUGGCAGAUGGUGUUGGAGGAUGGAGGGCGUAUGGUAUUGAUCCCGGUGAAUUUUCCUUACACUUGAUGAAAACAUGUGAAAGAUUAGUUAGGUUAGGUCGUUUUACUCCCACGAACCCUUCAGAACUGUUAGCGAAGAGUUACUAUGAACUUCUAAACCAUAAGAAAGCUAUCUUAGGUAGUAGUACAGCAUGCGUCGUAGUCCUAAAUCGAGAAAACAGUACCUUAUAUACUUCGAAUAUUGGAGACAGCGGGUUUAUGCUGGUGCGGCGGGGUAAAGUAAUAAGAAAAUCAGAAGAACAACAACACUACUUUAACACCCCCUUCCAGUUGUCGUUACCUCCUCCUGGAUACAGACAGGAAGUGCUAAGCGAUCGACCGGACGCCGCCAUGACAGAUAAUAUUCCUGUCGAAGACGGAGACGUCAUUCUAGUCGCCACCGAUGGUGUUUUUGAUAACCUGCCCCAGACUCUUAUCGUCAACGAACUUAUAAAGAUACAAGGCGAAAGAUGUGCUGGUCGGGUCCAAAUGGUAGCUAAUUCGAUAGCAUGGAUGGCGAGGAAUCUUUCAUUCGAUGAAAAUUUCGUAUCGCCUUUCGCAGAGAGUGCUUUUGCCAAUGGUAUUAAUACAAUAGGUGGAAAACCGGAUGACAUUACGGUGCUCCUAGCAACGGUUGCAAUAUGAAGCCUUAGAAAAUUAGGUAGUUGAUGAUUUUGACGUCUUUUCCAACGUUUAGCAAAUUACGAUUUUUGCAUUUCAUUAUAAUUGUACUACCAAAACCGUCAAUAUAAUGUGAUCUUU